UUUAAAUCUGUAAUAAAAAAGGCACAUAAUCAUAAAUAAUACUUUAUUAAUUAAAAACAUUCAAAAAAUAAUUAAAAACUAAUCUCUCAAAGAUUUUAUUAUAGAAUUUGAAUAUCACUGAUUUGUAUAAAAUUAAAAUUAGCCUAGAAUAAAUAAUGAUUGAAGAAACUAUUAAGUCUGUAUCUUCCUUAUCAGAGACAGGAUCAGUAUGUAGAGAAUCAAAUCCUCGCUUCUAAGAAUUCCUCAUCAGAAAAAGUAGAGUUAAUGUAUCAGAAGAGAAUAACAUUAAGAGAAGAAGAUAAAAAAAUUUAAAAUUGGUAGUUGCAGAAAACCAAUAAAUUGGAAUCAGUGGAGUAAAGGAAUUAUUUCAUAAAAUUCGCAAAUACCCAAAUUUAACUUGUCUUACUGUCUCGAUUGCAGAUAAUAACAAAAUUGGUCUUGCAGGAGCUUAAGCUAUUUCAGAAUCAAUAAAAUAAUGCUAAAAUCUAAAUAUUUUAUGCCUAAAUAUUGGCCAAAACGACAUUGAAUCCGAAGGUGGAAAGUCUAUUGGUGAUUCAUUAAAAUCUUUACCUAACUUAGAAGAACUCUAUAUUGAAAUAGGAGACUUUAACUACUUGGGGUCAUAUGGAUGUAUAGGCAUAGGCGAAGGAUUAAAAUUUUGUACAAAGCUCGAAUCUUUUACUCUAGUAAUUGGAUAGAAUAAUAUUGGUAGUUCCGGAAUAACAGGAUUAGGCAUGGGUAUCAGUUUUCUCACUUAGUUAAAAGAACUGAAAAUAACAAUUAAAGCUAAAAAUAACAUUGGAAAAGAUGGCGCUGUAGGUUUAUGUGAAGCUUUUAAAUUUUGUCAAAAUUUAGAGCGUUUGACUCUAGUCAUUGAAAAGAAUGGAAUUAGUUCAGUGGGAACUGAAAGCAUAGGAAAAGGAAUUAGUAAUUUAACAAAGCUAAAUUACUUAAAAUUAUUUAUUGAAGGAGGCAAUGAAAUGGAUUCGGAAGGUGCUACUGCUAUAGGAAAUGGUAUUAAAAUGCUCCAGAGUCUUUAAAUUCUUGAUUUAAAAAUUGGAGAAUCAAAUAAUAUUGGAAGUACAGGAUCUAGAGGCAUUGGUGAAGGUAUUGGAGAAUGCAUAAAUUUACAUACAAUCUAAUUGAAAAUUGGAAGUAAAAAUUAUAUUGGAUCAGAAGGAGCAAAGGGAAUAGGAGCAAGCCUUGGAAAAUUAGAAAAUUUGAAAAAAUUAUCCUUAAUCAUUGAAUAAUUUAAUAAUAUUGGUCCAGAUGGAGCUAAGGAAAUAGGAGAAGGUUUAAAGUCUUGCAACAACUUAGAAUAAUUUGUAUUUAAGAUAUAUCAAUAUAACAAUAUUGGAAAAGAUGGGACAAAAGGAAUUGGAGAUGGUUUUAAAUAGUGUAAUAAUUUAAAGAGCUUAGAAUUACAUCUUGGAGAUGGAAACAAUAUUGGAGAAUUCGGAGCUAUUGGAUUGAGUGAAGGAUUAGGCUAUCUUUAAAAAUUAGAAUAUUUAAGGCUCUGCUUAGGACCCCAUAAUAACCUAACUGAAAAUGGGAUUAAAGCUAUUGGAGAUGCUUUGAAGCAGUGCAAUAAACUUUAAGAAAUUGCCUUAUUAAUUAGCUAUGGUAAUAAUGUUGGAUCAAUAGGAGCUUCUGGACUAGCUGAAGGAAUCAAACACUGCUAAUAAUUAAAUCAUCUUUCUUUAGUUUUUGGAGAUAAAAAUAUGAUAGGAAAAGAAGGAGUUACUGCAAUAGCUGGAGCCAUAUAGGCUUGUCAUUAAUUGAAAAAUCUAUAGCUAUCAAUUGGAUUCGGAAACCUUAUAACCUUAGAGGGAGCUGAAUAGAUCAGCAAAGGGAUUAGAGCUUCUUAAAAUCUAACUCAAGUCCACUUAAUUAUAGGAGACGAACAAAACUAAAAAAAUGAUCUAAUAUAGAUGUUCAACAAAAGCUGCUAAAGAUCUAAAAGGAUGUCAUAUUAUAAAAUAAUUGUUCAAUGAUGAUAAUAAGUAUCCAACCAUUUUAUGUUCUGAUGUCUUAUUUUGUUGGAUAAAUUAACUUAAUUUAUAAAACUGAAAACUCUAUAUUUAUUAUAUAAAAUUUACUUCAAUAUUCAUCUUUUAGUGCUUGAAAUUUAAAAACAAAAAAUUAAUUAAAAAUUGAUCUUUCUUACGCAAUAAUUUGAUAAAAAAAGAUACUUUGAGCAUAUUAGAAGAAUAAAUGAGAAAAAAGUGUCAUUUCAAAAAUGAGAAUUUCAACAUUUUAAUAUGGUGAAAGAAAUCUGAAUCAUAUCCUA